AUGGAAGAAGGAGCUUCGACGGUGAAGAAGGUCUUCCAGGAUUUCUUGGGACGACGAACCAGCAUUGUCAAAGCUCUCACCCUCGAUGUUGAAGAAUUCGUUCGGCAGUGCGAUCUCGAGGAAGAAGAUGAAGUUUGCCUGUACGGACUUCCCGACGGAGAAUGGAGAGUACGGAGUGCGUCUACGAAGGCAGCGACGAAUCCGAGGCCAGAGCCUGCAUCAGGAAUUAACUUCGCGAGAGAUGAUCGGACUCAAUUAAAGGACUGGUUGUUCCUUGUAGCUGCUCUUAGCGAUGCUUGGUUGCUCUCUCUGGCCUUCUACAACGGUGCCUGUUAUUUCGACAGAGUUCAGAGGCAAUGCUUGUUUGGUAUGAUAAACGACAUUCCCACAAUACUGGAGACCAUAACUAGAAGAUACAAGUCUAGAAAGCCUCCCAAGACCAUGGCGAGGGCAAUGGAAACCAAAGAGGAAGAUAAUGAGAUAUGUGGGAGUUGUGACAAGAAACCUAACCCAAACCAGAAAGAGUUUUGGAUUUGUUGCGACUUUUGCGACACUUGGUUUCAUGGCCAAUGCGUAAAAAUCACUCCUGAUCAAUCCACACAAAUUCACAACUAUAAGUGCCCAUCCUGUAGUUACAAAUGUAGAUGUAGGAGGUUACGCCAACAAUCAAUAAUCUCGAUAAAGAAGGCAAGUUUCAAAUUGAAGUGUAAAAGAUCCCAAUAA